ACAUUCGGGCAGCGAGUAUAAAGAGCCCGGCUGCGCCCUGGUACAGCUCUGGACUUUGCAGGGGGGACUUGCAGGCCUCGUAGGUGCGCAUCCGUGAGGAGUUCCAGUUCAGACACUACGAAGAUGGCACCCAUUGGGGGCAAAAAGGCCAAGAAGGGCAUCCUAGAACGUUUAAACUCUGGAGAGGUUGUGAUUGGAGACGGAGGGUUUGUCUUCGCACUGGAGAAGAGGGGCUAUGUGAAGGCAGGCCCCUGGACCCCCGAAGCUGCUGUGGAGCACCCAGAAGCAGUUCGCCAGCUGCACCGGGAGUUCCUCAGAGCUGGAUCGAACGUCAUGCAGACCUUCACCUUUUAUGCAAGUGAAGACAAGCUGGAGAACAGGGGCAACUAUGUUGCAGAAAAAAUAUCUGGGAACAAAGUCAACGAAGCUGCUUGUGACAUUGCCCGACAAGUGGCUGAUGAGGGAGACGCUUUGGUGGCAGGAGGCGUGAGUCAGACGCCUUCAUACCUCAGCUGCAAGAGUGAAACUGAAGUGAAAAAAGUAUUUCAGCAACAGUUAGAGGUCUUUCUGAAGAAGAAUGUGGACUUCUUGAUUGCAGAGUAUUUUGAACAUGUUGAAGAGGCAGUGUGGGCAGUCGAAACCUUGAAAACAUCUGGGAAGCCAGUGGCAGCGACCAUGUGCAUCGGCCCCGAGGGGGAUCUGCACGGCGUGAGCCCCGGCCAGUGUGCCGUGCGCCUGGUGAAAGCAGGAGCUUCCAUCAUUGGUGUGAACUGCCACUUUGACCCCACAAUCAGUCUGCAAACAGUGAAGCUCAUGAAAGAAGGCCUGCAGGCCGCUGGGCUGAAAGCCCACCUGAUGAGCCAGCCCUUGGCCUACCACACUCCCGACUGCGGCAAACAGGGGUUUAUCGAUCUGCCGGAAUUCCCCUUCGGACUGGAGCCCAGAGUUGCAACCAGGUGGGAUAUUCAGAAAUAUGCCAGAGAGGCCUACAACCUGGGGGUCAGGUACAUAGGCGGGUGCUGUGGAUUCGAGCCCUACCACAUCAGGGCGAUUGCAGAGGAGCUAGCCCCAGAAAGGGGCUUUUUGCCGCCGGCCUCAGAAAAGCAUGGCAGCUGGGGAAGUGGAUUGGACAUGCACACCAAACCGUGGAUUAGAGCCAGGGCGAGGAAGGAAUACUGGGAGACUCUUCGGAUAGCAUCAGGAAGGCCGUACAACCCUUCAAUGUCAAAGCCCGAUGCUUGGGGAGUGACCAAAGGAACAACGGAGCUGAUGCAGCAGAAGGAAGCGACAACUGAGCAGCAGCUGAAAGAGCUCUUUGAAAAACAGAAAUUCAAAUCUGUGUAGUAACCUCAGUGGAACCCAAUUUUGUGAAUUCUUCUGUGCUUGGGCCACAGCCCUUAGAAAUAAGGAAAAGAUGGUUAAAAUAACAGUGCUCAUAUUAACACCAGCCUACACAUAAAAUCUGUACAAGCUGAACAAAAUAGGAUCACAAAUACCACCUGAAAGUUUUAAAAGUAUGUCUUAGAAUUUUCCUCAGAAGCAAAAUAAGUACAAAGUAAAUCUUAAGCAGGUUUGCUAAGCACCCACCAUGAAUAAGGUAUUAAAGAAAUUGCUGUGACCAAGGAAAAGUAAUUCGGACAUUAAUCCCACUUCAAGAAGUUUUCAGGCUAGUAAGGAGGAUUAGACGUGAACUGUCAAAUGGCUCAGAAACCAGACAGGGACAGAUAAAGUGAUAUAGGGAAGUGACUUCCAAGCUUCUUUGAAUGUGACCCUUAGAAAGCAAUGCACUUUACAUAAUGACCCAGUAAAGCACAUACUACACAACCAUUGAAAUACAAUGUGUGAUCUAUUCCAAUAUUUUGUAUUCCAUCUUAUUUUAGUAAUAAAACAUGCUGGUUGAGAUCCUUCAAAUUGAUUUUAUGACCCAUUAAUAAGUUUUGGCUCACAGUUUGAAGAACACUGCUAUGGGACCCUUCAGCUAUGGGGACUUUCCCACUUCUUGAAGUUUAUUCUUGGAAGAUCAGUGAUAUAGGACCUGUUAAUAAGUAUCCAAAGCCCAGAGUCCUGCUCUCAGAGUUCCAGAGCUGUUCUCAUUAGCUGGUCCAUUUCUACCACGAGGAAACAUACCAACCAAUAGGGAGGGGGUGAGAGGGACUUGUAUCCAGACCUUCUCCAUUCUACUCAAAACUGAAUCCACCUAAAUGCCUCCAGUAAGUCAGUCUGAGGAGCAACAAGUGUGUGCUACUUUGGUAGCUUAAGAAACCAGAAAUUCUCCAAACUCUAUCCAGGUUCACCAGACUGAGAAAUAUAUUUUUACCUGAUAAUAUCAACUCUCUCAUGAGAGGUCAAGCCUGAAGGUACAAGACCAUUAGAAUGAACAUAGCCACUCUUUAUGGUUUAGGAAAGGGUUCAUGUUGCUUUUGAAACAUUCUCAGAUUGGUCAGCUUUUUUGAAAUUAUAAUUUCUUCUAUUAAACACAUAAGAACAACAAGA